UGAAAGGCUACAGCAGAUUGCGAUCAUGAUCAAAUUAGUUUCGGUUCUGACGCCAUUGCAGAGCUGUGGAGAGUUAACCAUUUUGUUCGGCCACACACAUUCUCAACAAUCAGAAUAGCAUAUGAUCGUUGGUACAAAGUACACAAGUAGUACCAACAGGUCCACAUGAGCCGCGAUAAAACAGCUCUGAGAGGCUGUCUAUAGAGGACAACAGUGGAAAGAUUCACUCUAUUAAAAGUGUUUGCCAUGGAUACUGAGGGCAAGGUGAUCAAGUGCAAGGCAGCAGUGGCCUGGGAACCAGGAAAACCAGUUUCCAUUGAAGAAGUGGAGGUUGCACCACCUAAAGCCCAUGAAGUACGCAUUAAGAUAGUAGCAUCUGGAGUGUGCCACACCGAUUGGACUAUGCUGUAUGAGGUUGGUAAAGGUAUGAAUCCUCAGCCCUUUCCUUUGGUCUUGGGGCACGAGGGUGCUGGAGUGGUGGAGAGUGUUGGACCAGGUGUCACAAAGCUGGCCAAAGGAGAUAAAGUUAUUCCUCUGGUGUUGCCACAGUGUGGACAAUGUCAGCGUUGCCUGAGCCCAAAGACAAACCUCUGCACAAAAAACUGGGAAGAAACUCAGCAGUGUCUUCUUGCAGAUGGCACUAGCAGGAUCACCUGUAAGAAUCAGCAGGUUCAUCAGUUUAUUGGUAUCAGCACAUUCUCUGAAUUCACUGUUGUGCCUGAGGACAACGUCACAAAGAUUCACCCAGACGCUCCACUGGACAAAGUCUGUCUGCUGGGCUGUGGAGUAUCUACAGGAUACGGAGCGGCAGUGAACACAGGAAAAGUAGAAGCUGGCUCUACCUGUGCAGUGUUUGGUUUGGGAGCUGUUGGGCUGGCAGCUGUCAUGGGAUGCAAGGCUGCUGGUGCCACCAGGAUCAUUGCCGUUGACAUCAACCCAAAUAAGUUUGAGAUCGCCAAGACAUUUGGAGCAACUGAGUUUGUGAACCCUAAAGACCACAGUAAACCUAUUCAGGAGGUGCUGAAGGAGUUGACUAAUGGUGGUGUUGACUAUGCUCUUGAGUGUGUGGGGAACGUGGGUGUAAUGCGGGCUGCUGUGGAAGCAUGCAGUCCUGCAGGGGGAGUCUGUGUGAUGGUGGGCUGGACUCGAGUAGGGGAACUUACUCUGGUCUCUGAGGAUAUCCUGCUGGGGAAAACUCUGAAAGGCUCCUAUUUUGGUGGAUGGAAGAGUGCAGAGGGAGUGUCCAAGUUGGUGCUGGACUAUAUGAGCGGACAGCUUCUACUGGAUGAGUUUGUGACACACAGACUGAGUCUAGAUCACGUUAACGAAGCCUUUGAUCUCAUGAUCACUGGGAAAAGUAUUCGGACAGUGAUCAAGAUGUGAAAUAGAAGUGACGUCCCAUCUCCUUCAAAAAAGUUCAAAAAUUUGUACUGCUGUUGUGUUGUCAGUCAGCUGUCCAUUGAAUACCUGGUAGUCUUGUGAAAAGGGCUGUUUUCUCAUUUAAAAAAAGAAAAAGAGAGAGAUUUUGAAAAAUACAUUUGUCCACAGGAAAGGAAAUGUCAUAUUCUGAUAUUUCAAAAAAAAUGUUUUACUCCUGAAUCUUGAUAUAGUUCUUUGUAAAUAUUUGUAUUUGUAAGAAAUAUAUCUUGAGACACUCCCUGUCCAUCUAUUCAGUUGUCUGUUCCACACAGUAAAUCUUAAACUGAUGCAUUUGAUUUGGUUGUGUCUGCACUCUAUCAGCAGAUGGCAAGCUUGCACUGAAAACAACCCUUAUUCAUUCCCACUUUCUCUCUCUUCUUAGUGUGCAGCAUGAGUCAGUAUUCCACCACUGCUGUCUGUAUUGUGACAUACAGAGUAAAGUUUUUCCAGUCUAA